AAGUUUGCGGCAAAAUAUCACUUCCGGGUUACACUGCGGAGCAAGCAGAUAUGAUGGAAAAAUGAAGUUUCAGGAUUUUCGAGGAAGGCGAAAGGAGAUUUUUGAGUUUUCUUUGGUUUUCUUUUGCAUCCUGGUUACCCUUUUGCACCGAUGGCUCACUGCGCGUGCACAGCUACGUGGGACGUCGCUGGAAGCUCCGUAGACUUGAACAGCGUUUUGAGCUACGUGUGGAAAGGGGGCAACGGAUCACAAAGCAGUGAGGAUUGCAGCAAAGAUGAAGACCCUGAUAACACCAGUCAUACAGAUCCGCCCCAGCCACUGGUUUUACACCCACCUGACCCGGACACACCCACUUCCUGUGAAGUACACAUCGCAUGUAGGGAACACACCAAUGCAGGGAUUGUAGGUUUGGCAGUCGUCAGUAGUGCUCAUCAUAUAGAGAUAUUCACCAAGGACGGUUACCUAGCAACGGGCAGAGGAGAAGUGGUCUGUAAGCCUGGGAAUGGGAGUUCUUGCCAACAAACCAUGUACCAUGCUGACCUUGAUCUUAGUUAUCCUGUAACAGAUCUUUCAAUCAGGUUCGUGACCCUGGCAGACAGAUCAUGCUUGGUUGUGUACAUCAUAGAGGUUGUGCUGUCACCAUUCCUGGGCAUGCCUGGGAGAGUGGACCACGGGAGAGUCCAUCAGAUGUUAGGGGAGUCAGGGGUGGAACUCUCUGAUGGAGCAAGAAACCUGAUGAGACUUGUGGAGUCACAACAUCAGAACCAAGGAAGUGCAAUGGGUCAACAGACAUCCAACAUGGCUGCCCUCUUGCCCCUUCUGGGAAUGUUCACGGGUAAAAUGGGGGGUGGACUACCCCCUCCUGCCCCUCCCGCCCCUCCCAACAUUCCCUCAGAAGCUGCUUCUCCAUGUCCUCCAAUCAGUAGUUCUAGACCUCCUGUAUCCUCAAUGACAGAAAUGCAGGGUGGUGACUUUUCAAACAUGUUGCAGAACCUAACAUUGUCAGACCAAGCAGGGGCCUCAGGCCUGAAUGGUGACCUGAUGUUCUCCAUGUUACAAAAUGUCUGUAAAGAAGUCAGCCAAAACAGACAAACCUCUGGUGCAGAUGGCAGACAAGUUCAAGGGAAGGAAACAUCUAGUGUGGAUGGCAUGGAUGUGGAAGACAGAGACACCAACUGCCAAGAUGAAUCAGGAAAAGUUCUAGUUAAAGAGGAAGUUAAUGAUAAAUCAAGGUUUGUUACAGAGCAUGAGAUGUCUGACAUGGAAAGCAGAAUUAUGGGUAAUCUGUCUUCCAUGGAGGAGAGGAUCAUGGGAAGGGUUGAUGACCAGUUACAGGACAUGCAGAACCGCAUCGAGUCCAAGUUAGAUGCUGUGUUAAAUGCCGUUCUUAGCAAGAAGGAGAACAGCUGAUCGUACAGUUAGGCAUCAUUUUUGUUGCAUUUUGGAUGGAUUAACAUGAAUCUACUAAGUUAAACUAAAUGUUUCAAAGUAAGGUUAGUCAUGUACCCUGCCUCCAUAUAAGUUAGUUGUUACAGUUACAGUUACAGUGUAGGUUUUAUAUACUAUAUUAGAUACCCCCAAAAGAUUUUAUUCUAUAGGCUAGGUAUAAUUAGUCAUAACAUACCAGUAAUGAACAUAUGAUAUAUGUGUUACUGCCUUUGCAUAGCAAACUACUGUACAUUGUCAGUGUUCUUCAAAACUACAGUGUUUGACGACCAAUUUGUUGCUGCUUCACAGACAUUGUGCCAAUGAUGUGGAAAUAUACAUGUGUACAAUUAUGCCUUGUAAGUCAUAGAAUUGAUGAAUGACACCACAGUUCACAACUCAACAGUACAUGUAAUACCUACUCAUUUUGCUUUAUGGUCUGUACAUAGAACAUCACACAUGUAUCUAAGUACAUGCGAUACAGCAUAAAGUGUUUUUGUAGAAUGAGUGCUUUUAAAAUGAAGUUGCCAAUGCUGACUGUUAUUGUCAAUAAAUUAGUUGCAGUGAAGUCCAUGGUUGGUAUUCAGACAAAGAUCCCUGUGCUUGCCAGGCUGGUUGUGUUACUCCGAUUGCUCCACCCAUAAGGUGUCUUUUAUUUUUGUAUAAAAGUUGCAUGUUUUUUUAAGGCCUUGAUUUCAAUGCAGGCAAAUGAGAAUGGAUGGAUUAGUGUACUACACAUGUACUGUAUUAUUUAUUAUGAUUGUUUGUUUCACCAUCAUUGAGCAUACUUCAUGGAGCUGAUCAUUUUUAACCCAAGUCCUCUCUGCUAAACCAGUGGAAUGAUACAUGUACGUACCUGACUUAAGUAUUUUUCAUUUUAAUCAAUAAAAUGUAAACCAGGUGGUAACCAGGGAUUGCUGCUGAUGUCUGUU